AUGUAUUUGGAUUAUUCUCGAUAUUAUACGAUUCCUAAAGCCUGUUCCAGAACCAUUGUACACGCAAAAUUGCACUUAUUACAGCGUCUCGAGACCGCACAAAUCUCAGCUAAUUUCUUGUAUCGUCAAUGGGCUUUUGCUCGUGGUACAGCAAAUGCUGCAGCACGUGGGGAUCUUAUGGUUAUAGAGUGGUUAUGUAAAGUUUACUUUCCUCAAGGAAGGGUUACGGAUGCAGUCGAGAUGGCGGCCAAAGCUGGUCAUCUUCAUGUAUUGCAAUGGUUACGGGCUAAUCAUCGCCAAGUCUUUUGGGGGGCCAAUGAAAUGCGAGCUGCAGCACAAUAUGAUCGCGAGGCUGUUGUUAAAUGGCUACAUGCUCGCACAGCCCCACCUUUUGUUGGUAUAAAUGCUAUUGAAAUGGCUGCUAGGAAUGGUAACUUAAAGCUGGUCAAAUGGCUUCAUAAGGAGCGAAGUCAAUGGAGUGGAUACGGUGCAGGCGAGGCAGCAGCUUGUGGUCAUUUACGAGUGUAUAAGUACAUGAUUAAAGGUCAUUCCGUGCUUCGAGAAAGCGCUUUAAAUGAAGCAGCAGCUAAUGGACACUUGGAGGCAGUAAAAAAACUCAUUCGACGGCAACCGUUACUUUUGACAACACGGACAACUACAGCCGCAGCAGAGAAUGGGCAUGUGCACAUUUGUAAAUGGCUCCAUGGUAGGAAGUUUGACGGGAAAUUUGCGCUAUGGACCACAGCAGCAAUGGACAAAGCGGCGACGAAUGGACAUUUGGAGAUGGUUAAAUGGCUCCAUCAAAAUCGAUUUCAGGAGUCAUGGAAGGCAUGCACGCGUGCAGCAAUGGAUGGGGCAGCUCGAAAUGGCCAUAUGGAUGUGCUACAAUGGCUAAGCAAACAUCGUCAUGAAGGUUGUACCAUUCGAGCUAUGGAUGCUGCGGCAGCGAAUGGCUACUUGGAAAUUGUUCAAUGGCUACAUGAGAACCGAAUGGAAGGCUGUUCCGAAGACGCAAUGAAUGCAGCGGCUGCAAAUAAUCAACUGCGAACGUUGCAGUGGCUUCAUCGUAAAAGACGAGAAGGGUGCACUUCAGUGGCCAUGGAUAAAGCAGCUGGACAUGGUCAUUUAAAAGUGAUUAAAUGGCUUCAUUUACAUCGAAUCGAAGGAUGUACGAAAAAUGCUAUGGACAACGCGGCGGCCAAUGGGCACUUGGAAGUUUUCCAAUGGUUACAUGAAAAUCGAAAUGAAGGAUGUACAAUGCAGGCCAUGGAUCGUGCUGCAGCUGGUGGUAAUUUAGAGUUGGUCAAAUGGUUACACACUAAUCGAAAAGAAGGUUGUUCGUCGGCCGCUAUGGACAAUGCUGCUGCUAAUGGAUGGCUAGAAAUUGUGCGUUGGUUGCAUGCUCAUCGAACUGAAGGCUGUACGACACGUGCGAUGGAUGAGGCUGCGGGAGAAGGCCAUUUCGAAGUUAUGUUGUUUUUGUUUGCUAACCGCAGCGAGGGAUGUACGUGGCGAGCAGCUGAGAAAGCGACACGUGCUGGCCAUUUGGAGAUUUUACAAUGGCUUUAUGUGCAUUAUCCAGAACAGUUCGAUCGAAGACGUGUGAUUGCUGCUGCCAGUAGAGAUGAUUUCUAUCUGAUGGAAUGGCUACACAGUCUUGGAAUUUGGGUUACGACGUAG